CGGCGGCAGUCGGCCACCAGCGGCUCCGUUCGCACGUCAUCGUUGCACGUCGUCGCACAUCGUCGCCCGUCGCCCACCCGUCGUGUCACCCCGUGCCGUCCCGUAUACGGCAGUACGGGCGCGCCGACGACGGUUAGAGGACGUUUUUUGGUGUGUAUUUACCAUCGGCUCGCACGACACGCGUGCGUGUGCUCAUCAUGCCGGCAGUUCGCGAUAAACGUGCGUCCGCGAGCGAACAAUCGUCGGCGAUGCGAGUCAUCAGUUGCGACGAGAUGAUCCGUCGGUGAUCAGUGAUGCGAUGACGACAACAGCAUCGGCGUGAACGUUACCGCAGAAAGUUCUGGCGGCAACCAUCGAGCGUUCGCGACAUUUUCGCGCGGAUCACACGCCCAUCUCCGGACGACGGAGAACGACAGUGCUGACGAUCGUUGUCGCCCGAGCAAGCUCGUCCACGACGAGCAACGAGCAUCGUCGUGCGUUUUCGCGAACGGUAUUAUGCUCGUCGGUCGUGAGUUUCGGUCUUGACUGUACAUAAUCGCGCUCGACCAUCGACUCGCGCACGAGCCGAACGUCGACGAGCGUGUGCGUAGCACCAAGAGCAAUGUGACCCGUGGCUUAAAACAUAGUGCCGGAUGCGUGAAUAUUGCGUGCGAUUUUCGCAGCAUCUCGUCGUAUUAUUUUAAGCGUAACGAAACGAGCGCGUGCCACGUUAAGCUCGUCGAGUAAGCGCCACUUGUCGAUUUUGCAAUCGGCACAAGUUCGUUUGAAAAUUUUCAAGCUCGCGCCCUCUCUUCCUUCUUCCUUCCCCCCUUCCUGUCCUACCCAUAAACCGCCGUGAAGUUGCGCUGGCGUCGAGAUUGAGAUUUCUGACGCAGUUUCGACGGAUCGUUCGGCGGUGCGGGAUGCCGCUCAAACUUCGGCCCGUGCUGGAGAGUUUUCGCCGAAAUUCGAACUAAACUGCCCGAUAUAUUAUCGGCUUAACCGCGAGCGUGAUUAUGCACUGUCUGUGACAAUCGUGUUUAUUGUGCCUCGCGCGACUAAUCGCGGAAGGAUUCUCGGGACUCGCCGUGAUCGAGUGUGUGUGUGUGUGUGUGUGUCGAUUUUCGGUCGGAUUUUCGCGCGUAUGAACGAUUGAUGGGAAAAGUGAAGAGUCUGUGAUAGGCGCCGCUCGGAUUAAACGAGGAGGUGCAGAGGCUGUAGCAGGUUCCGGGAAGCAGUUUCGCGAGAUAAUUCUGGUGACCGGAACCGAACGAGCCAGUAUUCAUGCCAGUAUGCCAAUCGAAUGCCGGUAGACGACUAAUAUUCGCCGUCACCGCGCGAUAGCCAAUUGAUAAGUUACUUAGCUAGAUCAAUUAAUAGUUAAUAAAAUAGCCUUGGUUGAAUAUCCCCAUUGAUUAUUUACGACGAAUGAUUAGAGACGCGAACGCGUAGAUCUGCAUUUUUUUUGCCCGAUCGCGUAAGCAAUGAUCGCGGUCUUGUGAAUAAACACGUCCGUUUAUUGCGAUUUUCUCAACGACAAUAAUUCUCGGCGCAAGUUCUGGAGGUAAAUAAAAAAAGAAAAAGGGGAAGAAAUUCAGUGCGCGUAAUCUCGGUAAAGUGAGAUCGACUCUCUUUUUUCCGUGAGUGUGAAGGAAGAAAAAAAAAAGGAGAGACAGUCUGCAUCAUCCUAUUCGAAGUGAAGUGGAAACGGACACCAUCCCGGCGAUCAUCACGGUGGCUGGAAACGCAGACUUACAUCGGGAGCGCCAACCUGCAAUCAAGGUUCAUGGUUUUCAUGGAGGAGAGCGAGCUCUCGAGCAAGCGGUGGGCCAGUGCGCCCCGCCGCCCGGACAGUCCCUGCGUCCUGGGGGCACCGACGUCUAGGGAGGCGGCGGGACCGCCGGUGCAGCUGGAACCAGUGGACCUGUCCGUGAAAACUCCUGUGGUGUUGCAGGUGCCGCGGUACAGUCCGGCAGCGAUAAUUAACGCCGCCGCAAGAAGAGUGCCGUCACCUUCGACGACGCCCACGCCACCGCCGCUGCCGCCGCCGCCGCUCUGCGCAUCUACCGCAUCACCAUCCUUGCCAUCGUUGAGCGAAGCAGCGUGGGACAGAGAUCGCGAUCGAGAUCGGAGCCGGGAAAGAAACCGGGAGCGCGAGAGAGUGCGGGAGAGAAGUGGCGAGAACGAGAGAGAAUGUCAACAAGAACGAGAGCCCGCGAUCAGGGACAGAGAAGCGCGAGAUCGGGAAAGGGAGCAAUGCGAUCGAGACAGGGACAGGCAAAGGGACAGGGAAAGAGAUCGGGAGAGGGACGUAUCGGUCUGCGUGAUGGAACCACCCGAUUCCGUCUUCCCGAUCUCCCCUUCCGCCGCCUUUCUCGCGUUGCAGAGGAUAAAGGCUUCUUACGCAUUCCAGAAACGUCCGCUUCCGGGAGGUAUCGGAUUAGGUGGUAGAGGAAAUGCCGGCGUUGGCGGAAACGGCGCCAAUUUAGGUGUCGAUGGCGAUUGCGGAGACGCGCUGAAGAGACGCAAGGUUCACAGAUGCGACGUCGCCGGUUGUGACAAGGUUUACACGAAGAGCUCGCAUCUCAAGGCGCACAAGAGGACCCACACUGGCGAGAAGCCGUAUCAGUGCACGUGGGAAGGUUGCACGUGGAAAUUCGCACGAUCGGACGAGCUGACGCGGCACUAUCGCAAGCACACGGGCCAAAAGCCGUUCAAGUGCCAUCUCUGUCAGCGAUCAUUCUCGCGAAGCGACCAUUUGUCGCUUCACAUGAAGAGGCACUGAUGAUGAAAAGGGCCGUCCACAGACGUCGUGCGACGCGAGAGAAAGCGCACGCUGAUCGACAAGAGAGGCGGAGGUGAGAAACGGUUCUCGGCAAUAGGCCAGUGAUCACCGAGUGAUCCUGGACGCGAGCAAGAGACGGACGAUAAUAUUUCUUACAUUUGGGACCUGAAGAGCCGCGUCGCGAGUCGGCCCGUCCCGAAUCUCACGACAGACGACGGACCGGUCGAUCGGGGGCGGGCAGUAACUAAGAAAAGAGAAAAUAGAUUGACGAAACAAACAAAUCGUUUAUUAGGUUUAGCGCUUAGUCGCGAACUAAAUAAUCGCGAUAUCGAUCAACUUUGGUCGGCCGAUAUGCGAUUCUCUCGAUAUGCUGUAACUUUUGCGAAUCUUUUGACAGUGGGAUCUUUCCGGCAAUUGCAGCUACAAUAAUCGAACCGGUGAAUCUGAAUUACGAGCAUUGAACGCGAGUGGUUAAUUGUUUCGCCAAUUGUCGGGCUUUGUUAAAUGCACGUCAAUCUGAUCACUUUUUGAAGAAGGAAAGAUUUACUUGCGUGUUUUAAAUCGCAAUCGAGAUCGUAGAUUCGGCACGAUGAGACGUAUCGUCAUUAUAUAUACGCGUAUCUGUUCUCUUCUGUGUUUCUAGCCAAUUUUUAUUUGUUCUAUUUUCCAGUUUG